AUGCUGGCAUCUUCGCGCAUCGAUCCGAAGCGGCGCAACAACCUCGACCACAGAAAACGACAAUUCGCGCAACCGCAAUGGCAGCAGCAGAAGUACGAGUAUGGGCUGAACUUCUACGUGUUACCGCCGACAGCUGAGAUCACGCUUGAAGAGUUCGAGGAAUGGGCGAUUGCAAGACUGAAGGUCCUCUCCGAGCUAGAAUCCUGUACCUUCCGCAACCGCACCCCGGAAGAGACGACAAAUUACAUGACCCCAAUCCUCCAGAAACACAUGCCACUCAAUCCAUCACGCUCCUCAACCGCACAAGAUGAGCGCAAGACAGACCACUACUCGCACUUCAUCCUCCGGCUCGCGUUUUCCGCAACCGAGGAUUUGCGGCGCCGCUUCAGCAGGCUUGAGACCAUGCUCUUCCGAUUACGAUAUAAGGAGGAGGACGCCCGAGAGAGGAAAAACUUUGUGGACAGCUUGGGCGCAACUAUGGGGAUGAGCUGGGAGAAGGUAUCCGAGGACGAGGUGCAGGAGCUUGGGGCGGAUUUGAGGGCCGCGACUGGUUAUGCGAAGAAAGGGGAGGACGAGGGGUGGUUCAAAGUGGACUGGGAGAAGGUGCCUGAGCUGGUCGAGUCGCGGAAGGUGCUGCUUAAGCGGGGAAAGGCCUAUGUGCCUGUUCGCGAACAGCAGAGCUUGGUAGUAGCCGAGUUCGGGAGGAGGCUGGAUGCUGCGUUGGAGCUAACGGCACGCGCCCUCCCCCGUCUCGACGAAGACGACCGCCUCUCCCCCAUCCUCGCCCACCUCUCCCAAUCCUUCACCGCGCCCGAAGCAACCUACGACGCCGACUCAUCCCCAUCCGGCUUGGCACCGACCCACCAAAACAUUGACGCCCUUUCCCAGCAUUUCCCUCUCUGCAUGCAGCACCUACACCGCACGCUCCGCCAGAACUCGCACCUCAAGCAUUAUGGGCGGCUACAAUACACCCUCUUCCUCAAAGGCAUCGGCCUCAGCCUUGAAGAAUGCAUCAUGUUCUGGCGCCGAAGCUUCAAGCUCAUGACCGACGAGAAGUUCACCAAGGAGUACAAAUACAACGUCCGCCACGCGUACGGCGAUGUGGGCGGGGAUGCCAACCGACGCGGCCGCGGCUAUACGCCGUACAGCUGCCAGAAACUGCUGACGGAAGCAUUGCCCGGGCCGGGCAUGACGCAUGGGUGUCCGUACCGGACGUUCACGGUGGAUAAUCUGGUGGCGAUGUUGCAGCAGACGGGCGUGAGUGAUAGAGAGACGCUCAAGGGCGUUAGGGAGGACGUGGCGAGGCAGCGAUAUCAUAUCGCGUGCAACAGGGUGUUCGAGUACGCGCAUAAGAGCGAGAUCAAGGAGGUGAAGAACAAGGGCGUUUGGGGCGAGGCGGAGUUGGACACGAUACUGCAUCCGAAUACUUACUUCAAGAGGAGUUUCCUGCUGAAACAUCUGGGCGAGGAGGGCUACAGCGGGGAGACAAACGAGCGAUGA